AUGGACGGCAUCAGCUUCGACAUCAAUGAGGCGCUCAAAUACUACAUGAGUGACCCCUUCUCGGUGCCCACGCCCGAAGCCGACUCUGCUCUUCUCGACUGCGAAAACGAUCCCGAAUCCCUUACGAAUGCCCUCAUCAACCCCGUGUUAAACCACAUCGUCGAUGCUGUGGCAGAGUGCCCCGAGGCCAUUGCGCGCCCGGCCUACCUGGACUCUCUCCAGUUCCUUUUAAAGUUUGCUUCCACCUUUUCUAUUUCGUCUAAUUAUCAAACGUUAGGGUCGCUCGCUGUGAGGCAGCAUUCUAAGCUCUCCGGUUCUUCCAGAUACCCAUCCUUCCUCUCCACCCAUGCUCUCAGCAAGGUCUUCGAUCUUGUCAUGUCUGGGCUCUCCGCCGAGGCCGACGCCAUCCACCAAGAACACGAGUCGCCCGACGAGCAAGAGUCCGGCGCACACCACAAACAGCUCCUAGAGAUUUACGGCUUCCUCUUACAAUGGACCAUCGCCGCUGUCGAGACUAAGGCCGCCGAAAAGUCAUCCACCACCGCUCCCGUCGCGAGGGGUAGGGGCAAGCCUAAGGGCAAGGGUGCUGCAAAGGACAAGGAGUCGAGCUGGGAUUCCGCCUCCCAGUUGCAGGCCGCUAUGGAAAUUAUGUGCAAGGUCCUGAAGCUGAAGCUCUCCAAGAUCUUCUUGACAACUUCGGAGCGAGAUACAUUUAUCCAGCAGCUGCUAACCCGGCCAGUCUACAUGAUUCUCGAGAGCGAACAGAGGGUCAAGGACACGCCCAUCAGGAUGCAUGCCUUCAAGGUGCUUUGCAUGGCUAUCAAGCACCAUGGCCACGGAUAUGCUGCGCAAAUUUCGAUCGUUCAGAACUUGACGUAUUUCGAGCAUCUAUCCGAGCCCAUGGCCGAAUUCCUCCACAUUCUCGCCGAAACUUACGACUACAGCCAACUUGCAGAGGAGGUUCUUCGAGAACUCAGUAACAAGGAGUUCAACUCCAAUGAUACGAGAGGCCCAAAGUCUGUUUCAAGCUUCAUUGUCAAGCUUUCCGAACUAUCACCGAGGAUUGUCAUAAAGCAGGUCACCAUGCUCGCCAAGCAGCUUGACAGCGAGUCGUAUACUCUGCGAUGCGCGCUGAUCGAGGUUUGCGGCAACAUGAUUGCCCACCUGAGUCGUCAAGAUGAGCGCGGUGAGAAUCACAAGACUCAGCUCAACGCAUUCUUCGAUGUUUUGGAAGAACGCUUUCUCGACAUCAACCCCUACUGCCGGUGCAGGACUAUCCAGGUCUACGUCAAGCUCUGCGAGCUGGAGCAAAAGUUCCCCAAGCGUAGGCUCAAGGCUGCUGAGCUAGCCACCCGAAGUCUCGAGGACAAGAGCAGCCACGUGCGCAGGAACGCCAUCAAGCUCAUCGGAACCCUCAUCAAGACACAUCCCUUCACCCACAUGCACGGCGCUCAGCUCGCUCGCAAGGAGUGGCAGGCACGUCUAGACCAGGUCGACGCCGAGAUUAAUGCUCUCAAACCCCCCGCCGAUGCUCCCGCGAUGGGUGACGAGGCCAACACGACGACGGACCAGGGUCUCAUUGACGAGGCCACCCAGAUCGAAUCGCCACAGAAACAGAAACCCAUGUCGGAUGAGGAGAAAAUUGCCGCCAUUAAGAAGGCGCAAGAAGAAGCUGCGACUUCCGAGGCCAUCAGCAAGCUGACACUGCAGAAGCGCUACUACACCGAUGCGCUCAAGUUUAUCGAUGUCGUGCACGAAGCGACCACUACUGUCUGCCAGCUACUUGGGUCUAGGAACAAGAGCGAGGUCAUCGAGGCGAUCGACUAUUUUGAGAUUGGAGACGCCUACAAUAUUGAGCAGAACAAGGUUGGCAUUCGCCGCAUGCUCAGGCUCAUCUGGACCAAGGGCAACAGCGAUGAGGGCAAGGGUGUCCAGACCCACCUCAUCGACUGCUACAAGAGACUCUUCUUCGAGGCCCCUGAUAAUUUCAGCCCCAAUGAUGCAGCCAUCUAUAUCGCCCGCAACAUGAUCAGUCUUACUUUCGGCGCCACUCCCGCCGAGCUGACCUCGCUUGAGCAGCUCCUGAGUACUAUGAUGAAGGGAGGCAUGAUUCCCGAUAUUGUGGUUGCUAAGCUCUGGCAGGUCUACGGUGUUCAGAAGCGUGAGAUGUCGAAGAAGCAGCGCCGCGGCGCCAUUAUUGUCCUCGGUAUGCUUGCCACGGCGAGCCCUGAGAUUGUCGUCGGCGAGAUGGAGACCAUGCUUCGCACUGGUCUUGGUGCCCAUGGCAGGGCCGACCUGCAGCUUGCCAAGUAUACCUGCAUUGCCUUGAGCCGCAUCAACCCUUCUGGCCGAGCGAGCAAGGAGUCUGCCGUCAAGUUCUCGCGGCUGCCCAACGACCACGCGGUCCUUCUGCGACUUGCCGCCAUUACCGAGGUGCCCACCGAGAGCAAGGAGUGGUAUGGUGUUGCCGAGCAGGCCAUCAACGCCAUCUACGCUAUUGCCAAGCACCCUGACAGCCUGUGCUCCGCAAUCAUCCGCCGAAAGACGAGGCAGGUAUUCGGCAGUGGCGGCGCUGCUGCGGCUGGAUCCCGCCCAACUUCCCGCGACGAGACGCAGGCCGUCACGCAAGCUGUUACUACCACUGUCGACGCAGACGGCACCCAGACAGUCGUGCUCGCCCCCCAGCCUAGGACCCGCGAUGCUGCAGUCGGCCUAUCCCAACUUUUCUUCAUCGUCGGCCAUGUUGCCAUCAAGCAGAUUGUCCACCUCGAGCUCUGCGAGCAAGACUUUAAGCGGCGCAAGCAAGAAAAAGAGCGCGAAGCGGGAUCCAAGGCGGGUGACAAGGGUGCCGGCAAGGACAAGGAUGACGAAGGCGACGAGCUCGACCUCAUCGGCGGCACGACAGAAGACGACUUCACCGAAGCCAUGACGCACAUCCGCGAGCGAGAACUCCUUUACGGACCCAACUCGCUCCUCGCCGUCUUUGGCCCGCUCGUGUCUGAAAUCUGCGCCAAUAACACGACGUACUCUGACAAGGGACUCCAGGCGGCCGCGACGCUCUGCCUCGCGAAGCUCAUGUGCGUCAGCUCGGAGUACUGCGAGACGAACCUCCCGCUCCUCAUCACCAUCAUGGAGCGCUCGACGGACGCCACCGUGCGUUCCAACGCCGUCAUCGCCCUCGGCGACAUGGCCGUGUGCUUCAACCACCUCAUCGACGAGAACACGGACUUCCUGUACCGCCGCCUCGCGGACUCGGAGAUCUCCGUCAAGCGCACGUGUCUCAUGACACUGACAUUCCUCAUCCUCGCGGGUCAGGUCAAGGUCAAGGGACAGCUGGGCGAGAUGGCGAAGUGUCUGGAGGACGAGGAUAGGCGCAUCGCGGAUCUCGCGAGGAUGUUCUUCACGGAGCUGAGCACGAAGGACAAUGCUGUUUAUAACCACUUUGUGGACAUGUUUAGCUUGCUUAGCGCUGAGAAGGCGUUGGAGGAGGAGAGCUUUAGGAGGAUUGUUAGGUUUUUGCUUGGUUUUGUUGAAAAGGACAAGCAUGCCAAGCAGCUCGCCGAGAAGCUCGCGGCGAGGCUCAACAGGUGCGAGACGGAAAGGCAGUGGAACGACGUCGCCUUUGCGCUCGGUCUUCUUCAGCACAAGAACGAGGAGAUUACCAAGCUCGUGUCCGAGGGUUUCAAGGUUGUCCAAGUCGCGGCGUAG